AUGGUACUUACCAGUGAAAAAAAAUUGAAACCAGUGGUUUCAGAAACCAGGAAAAGCUCUUCUGCUUCGGUAUCGGAGUGUGAUAACAUUCCGAGCGUUGGGGCUACUAAAUGGGAUAGGUUUGUCGAUAGUUUCAGAAGGCAACACGUACAACAUGGAGAUGAAGGAAAGAGUUUGCAAAAAGGUAUAAGCUCAAGACAUUUGAUUCUUAUGGCGCUUGUGACGGGUAUGGGAACAGGGCUUUUCGUUGGUACCGGUAACAUUUUAAGUACAGCAGGUCCUUUAUUUUUGGUUGUUGGUUAUAUUAUUGUUGGAUCAUUUUUGUAUCCAACUUUGCAAGCUGCAGGAGAAUUGGCAGUUAAUUAUAGUGAACUUUCUGGUGGUUACAAUAAUUACCCGCUGAAAUUCAUUGAUGAAUCUGUUGCAUUUGCAGUCACUUGGAUUUAUUGUAUCGAGUGGUUGUCGACCUUUGCAUUAGAAUUAGUCACCGCAUCUAUCACUAUAAAAUUUUGGGAUGAAGAACAGAAAAUCAAUCCAGAUGUAUGGGUAACUAUUAUUUUCGUGAUAGUUGUGCUGCUUCAUUUUGUUGGAUCCAAAGCUUAUGGAGAAGGAGAGUUUGUUAUUGGUUGCCUUAAAGUUCUUAUGGUUACUGGAUUUCUUAUAAUGUCCAUCGUUGUUAACGUUGGUGGAGGACCAGAAGGAAAGUUUAUUGGAGGAAAGUACUGGCACGAUCCUGGCUACUAUACUAACUUCAAAGGUUUGUGUACAGUAUUUGUAACUGGUGCAUUUGCCUUCAGUCAAUCUGAAUUUGUUGCAUUAUCGGCCGCUGAGCAACCAAAUCCUAGAAGGGCUAUUCCUACUGCUUGUAAAUUAGUUUUCUGGAGGAUUUUGAUAUUAUUCUUGGGCUCUUUGAUCAUGGUUGGGCUCUUGGUUCCAAUGGAUUCUCCAGAAUUGAUGGGAGCUUCUGGUGGUGGAUCAAAUGCAUCACCAUUUGUCCUUGCCGCAACUUUGCAUGGUGUCACGGUCGUUCCACAUAUAAUCAAUGUUGUUAUCUUGCUUUCAGUCUGUUCUGUUGCUUCGUCAUCAUUGUAUGCUUCAUCGAGAACUUUGCAAUCAUUGGCCGACCAAGGGUAUGCACCAAAAUAUUUCAACUACAUCGAUAGAUCUGGUAGGCCCUUGCGCUCACUAAUCGCAUGCUCUGUUGUUGGGUUAUUUUCUUAUAUUGCCGCUUAUAAUAAGCAAAAGACCGUCUUUAACUGGUUGUUAUCUAUUUCUGGAUUGGCGCAGCUUUUUACAUGGGAUGUGAUUUGUAUUUCGCAUAUCAGAUUUAGACAAGCGCUUAAAUACAAUGGAAUUUCAACUGAUUCAUUAGGAUAUACGUCUUCCACUGGUGUUUGGGGUUCUGUAUAUGCUAUUGUAAUACAUUGGUUGAUUCUAAUUGCUCUGUUUUAUACAGCUUUAUUCCCAGUUGGGUCCAGCACUCCAGAUGCACAAAGUUUCUUUCAAAAUUAUCUCGGUGCAAUCGUCUUGGUUUUCUUUUACGUAUGUCAUAAACUCUGGUCGAGAAAUUGGAAAUUUUAUGUGAAGAUAUGUGAUAUAGACAUUCACACUGAUAGAACUCUCUUUGAUGAAGAAAUAUUGAACUUAGAAAAACAAGAAUUUCAAGAGAAAUAUAAUAAUGAUCCAUGGUACAAAAAACUUGGUACAAUACUUCUUUAA